AUGGAGGAGAACAAGGAGGUUUUCUCAGAGGAGGAGCGGAGCGUUGAGGAAGAGGACUUUGAGGAGGCUCUGAGGGAGGCUGCCUCCACCACUGCUGCCAGAAGAAAAUCUUCUGGACUUCCCCAACAGCACAUCAUCCCCAACAUCCCAGAAGUGGUGGACGACUUCCUGAGGAACUUCCUCCGAAGAGCCGGCCUGAGCCGGACUCUGAACAGCUUUGAGGCCGAGUGGUACAGCUCCGCACAGAAACUCCUGACAGAAACCCUGAUGCCGGAGACACCAAAGACAGGCGUCUUCUUCAUCCCUGACGCUCUCACACACAGGCAGCUCCUCCAGAGCGAGCUGGAGAGGGUCCACAGAGAGACGGACCUACUCAGACAGGAGGUGCUGGCGGCAGGGGAGAGCCUGGUCAGGACGCAGAGGGAGAGGGAUUUCCAUCGGCUGCAGUACCAACGAGUCGCUGAGGACAAGAACCGGCUGAUCGAGGACUUCAAACAGCUGAAGACCCACCUGGAGUCCUAUGAGCCAGCACUGAGACAACUGGAUGACAAAUAUCAAGCUGCUCUGAGGCAGAAGAUGCUGAUCAGUUUAGAAAAGAGCCGAGUUCAAAACACCUCAAGGCCGAAUCAGGAAAAACUCCAGACCAAAGAGAGAAGCAUCAAAAGGAGUGACAGCGCUGAAAGAUCAUCAGCUAAAAGCCCCUUAACUAGACAUCCAAAGGAUUCAGAUCCUGGUUCCCUCAGCCUGUCCUGCUCCAUCAGAGCCCACAAGCUGCCCAUCAGCUGCAUCAGUCUCCAUCCACAAAAACUGAUCCUCGCCUCCGCCAGUGACGACCGCAGCUGGAGGCUGUGGGAGCUGCCAGCUAACGGAGAGAAGGUUGGUCAGAUGGUGCUGACAGGUGAGGGUCACUCUGAUUGGUUGUCUGGCUGCAGUUUUCACCCUGAUGGAUCAAAAUUGGCAACCACCAGCGGAGACACAACAGUGCGGCUCUGGGAUUUCUCUCGUGGCUGCUGCGUGUUGAUGCUGUCUGGUCACAGCCAGCCCACCUGGGGCUGCUGCUUCCACUCCUGCGGGCACUUCCUGGCUUCCUGCUCCGCUGACAAAACCGCCAAGCUGUGGGACCUGAACAGCCAGCGCUGCCGCCUCACACUGCGUCGCCACACUGCCUCCAUCAACAGCGUCUGCUUCCUGCCCUUCUCCAACCUCCUUCUCACCUGCUCGGCUGACAAAACCCUCGCCUUGUGGGACGCCAGGCUGGGUAUAUGCACCACCACCCUCCAUGGACACAUGCAUCCCUGCAACAACGCCACCUCCAGCCUGGCUGGUGAUGUUGUGGCCUCCUGUGACUCCCGGGGUGUCAUCAACCUGUGGGACAUCAGGAAGCCCGCCUCAGCAAUGGCCAUUGUAGAUGUUGGACCGCUGGGCGCCAACCAGGUGGCGUUCAGCCCAUCAGGAAGUACAUUGGCCGUCGCCAGCAACGAUGGGUUGGUCAGAUUGGUGGAGGUGGAUUCCUGUGCAGUGAGCAGCCUGUCAGGACACAGGGAUGCAGUGCAGAGUGUGACGUUUGACCCCACGGGAGGAACUGUGAUGUCAGCAGGAAGCGAUGGGCUGAUCAACCUAUGGUCAGAACAUAACGUGAACGUAGAAAUGAAAAACCAAAGUGAGGCCAGCUGA